UGGACCGUUCCUCCGUUCCUCCACAUCCAGGCGAGGUGAGAGCUGUGCACAGCGCCAGACGGACCAGAGCGGGUUAGUGUGAUUACGCAGCGGAGCGCACGGCUGAGGACUCUGUACAGCGCAACUCCAACACAAAUGGAUAUUUACGUGGCUUUGUUAUCCCUCUUCUUUUUUACCAAACCAGCUUUGGCUUUCGGAUCAGAUCAAGACUACCAGAUUGAUAUCAUCAAUGAACUUGACCUGGCAAAUGCCACCUAUGGAAUUACCCAAGUGGCGGGGCUUCACAACAGCAGCAAAGCCUUCCUUUUUCGAGAUGUUGGGAGAGCAGUUCACGCCCCGGCACACAUCACAGAGAAAGUGGUGCAGCUGUUCAGGAGGAAAAGUGAGUUUACCUUCUUGGCCUCCAUCCAGCAGAAGUCCUCCACGUCUGGAGUCAUAUUCUCCAUCCACGAGUCAGAACACAGUUACUUUGAGCUGGAGAGCAGCGGGGUGAGAGAGGAGAUCCGCUACCACUACCGCUUCAAAGGCAAGCCACGCUCUGAGUCCUUCCCCUACCGCCUCGCUGACGGCCAGUGGCACAAGAUCGCCCUCACCAUCAGCGCCACCCACCUACUGCUGCAUGUCGACUGUAACAGGAUUUAUGAGCGGGUGAUAGACCCUCCUCAGAUGGAGCUCACCCCAGGCAGUGGAGUGUGGCUAGGCCAGCACAGCCACAAGCAUGGACUGUUCAAGGGCAUUAUCCAGGAUGUGAAGUUGAUUUUCGCUCCCAACGGCUACAUUACACAGUGUCCUAACCUUAACCGCACCUGUCCGACCUGCAGCGAUUUCUUGAGCCUGGUGCAAGGCAUCAUGGACCUUCAGGAGCUACUGGCCAAGAUGACCCUGAAGUUGAACUACGCAGAGUCCAGGCUGACCCAGUUGGAGGGCUGUCACUGCGAGAGGACCUGCAGCGCCAAUGGCCUGGUCUACCGGGAUAACGAGCUGUGGGUGGAGCCCGAGAACUGCAGGAACUGUGCAUGUAAGAAUGGUGUGGUGGAGUGUCGCAGGAUUUUCUGUCCUCCAGCAAACUGCUCAGAGGACUUGCUGCCUGUACAUGUUGAUGGGACUUGCUGCAAGAAAUGCAGACCGAAAUGCACCUACAUGGGCCAAACCUUUUCUGAAGGCCAGCGCUUUUUAUCCAGGAGCUGCAGGGAAUGCAAGAACGGCCUGAUGGUGAAAGUCACAGAAACUUGUCCGGAGCUCAACUGCACCGUCGGUGAACAGAUCUUACCAGAUGGCAGAUGCUGCAAUGUUUGCAGAGGUUAUGACUUCUGCGCAGAGGGACUCAUUUGUGGAGAAAACUCGGAGUGUAAAAACCGGAAUACUAAAGCAGAGUGUGAAUGCAAGAGCGGCUAUGCCUCCAUCCACGGGGAUUCGACUUACUGUGAAGAUAUUGAUGAGUGUGCGACCCAGAUGCAUUACUGCCAGUCCAACACUGUGUGCGUCAACCUGCCCGGAAGCCAUCGCUGUGACUGUCUGCCAGGCUUCCUCAGAGUGGACGAAUACUCCUGCACCGAGCAUGACGAAUGCGCCAGCGGCCAAAAUUUGUGUGAUGAGAACGCCAUCUGCACCAACACUAUCAGAGGACACCUGUGUACCUGCAAGCCGGGCUACGUGGGCAACGGCACCAUCUGCAGAGCUUUCUGUGAGGAGGGAUGCAGGAGCGGCGGGACCUGCGUGUCUCCCAACACGUGUGUCUGUCCCUCAGGAUUUACGGGGCGCCGCUGUGAGACAGAUAUUGACGAGUGUGCAGAGGGCCUGAUUGAGUGCCACAACCACUCCCGUUGUGUCAACCUGCCCGGCUGGUACCACUGUGAAUGCAGAAGUGGCUUCCAUGACAAUGGCUCCUACCUGCUUGAUGGGAGCUCCUGCAUUGACAACGAUGAGUGCAGUUUGCAGACACACACCUGCUGGAAUGACAGUGUGUGUGUGAACCUCCCGGGAGGCUACGACUGUGUGUGCACAUCUGGUCCGGGCUGCGGCGGCGACUGCCCACAGGAAGAGGGAAUCAGACGCAACGGAGAGGACUGGAAACCCAGCUUUGACCGCUGUGCUAUAUGCUCCUGCAAGGACGGCCAGACGUACUGCAGGAGGAGACCCUGUGACUGCGGAGACCCAGACGAGGAUCUGUUCUGCUGUCCCGGCUGUGACAACAGGCCCAGCAGCCAGUGUCUGGACCAGAGCGGACGCACACUCUACCGCAGCGGAGCGUCCUGGAUGUACGGCUGCCAGCAGUGCCGCUGCAUGGAGGGGGAGGUGGAUUGCUGGCCUCUGAUUUGCCCCGUGUUGAUGUGCGAGUACACGGCGGUGGCGGAGGGCGAGUGUUGCCCGCGCUGCGUCACAGACCCCUGCCUGGCUGACAACCUGUCGUAUGACAUCCGGCAGACGUGUCAGGACCCCGCAGGCGCCGUCCGCCUCAGCGGAGACACAUGGCAUAUGCCCAACUCCCCAUGUACCACCUGCAAGUGUAAGAAUGGGAGUGUUUGCUGCUCGGUGGAUCUCGACUGCCUUCAGAACAACUAAAGCUCUCCUCCUCCAGUCCUCCUCCUCCUCCUCACUGCGGGACUGCCACACCCCCUCCUCCAUCUGAUGACUCUCCCUUUGGAUUCAUGAAACAGACUCACGCACACACAUGUGCAUGCCAGAGUGUGCACAGAAAAUCCAAACAUGCACUGGACAGACUGGGGUGUUGAGGCUGUGCUUUUAAUGCCGCAACUCGACCAACAGUUAGAGCGUGAGUGUGUGUGUGAAGCCGUAGUUGCUCUCACCACAGUCACUGUGUCGUGUACGUGUCUUUGUGUUGUUUCCAUUUCACUGAAUGUCUUGAGGAAACCUGUUUUAACAUCACAAACCUCAAGACAGAGACAAGCAGCUGAGUGUUGUCAUUUAGAAAAGGAUUUGCAGCUGGACAGGUGUUGAGGUGCUCCAGCUGUGUUGCAAAAUGUAGACUCACUAUUGCUUGGUCACCUAGGAAGAGUGUCAUAAGACAUUUAUAAUUGUGGUAACCAAAAGUAAUGCACACUCAUUUCACGUGAUGUUCCGUAAAGCAGGAGAUAGUUUUAAGUAGAAAUAACUUUGGAAAGUAACAAAAAUACCAUUAAGUCGGAUGGUGGUUCAGUUUUCAACGACUUUUUGGAGUUAUCUCAGCAACUAUCUUGUACUUUCUCCUGUGAGAAAUACCUCACACGAACCUUUGACAUCUCAAAGGUUCUCGCUUUGUCUUUGUAAUAUGUCACGAUAUUUUAUCUUUAAUAUUUUUUUUCUGCGUAGUACAUUCUCUGACUGAUGCAAAAAUCAGUAAGGCAAAGCUAAUGUGGGAAAGAAGGACAUUCUAACUUAAUCUUAAUCUUUACUUCUAGUUAUUUCUGUGCAUUUACAUGUUCAGGGUUCUGUGGCUGAACAUGCAAACAAAUCAAGGGUGCAUAACUUUUCUUUACAUGCUGUAUAAAUGUUUUAUCAACCGCAUUCCUGUAUCUAUACCCAACAGCUGUCUGCUUCUCCCACUUCAGGGACUGGAUCCUGCAACGCCCAUUUGUCUUGACAUGUCUAAUAAGGCCUGUUCCGUUUUAAAGAGUCCUCUAAAUGUUACUAUGAAAUUCCCGAAUUUAGAGGACACAGCAAAUGAUUUCAUGGAUAUUAUCAUACUAUUUCUAGUUUUCACACAUAUUUAAACUUUUUGUUUACAUCUUGGUGGUGAAAUGAUUGACCCAAAAGUAAGUGUUCUGUCUGAUGCGUUUCAACCUAUGGCCUUUACCAAAGUCAGGGCCAUAGGCUGAAAUGCUUUGCUUUCAAAAUUAAGUUGUUCUCAAUUCUACAAGUGUUGCGGAAGCUCUGAUUUUUGACAAGCAGCGCCUGAACGCUAGUUUUGGUCUCUGUGAGGCUAGAUGACGCCGCUACAAAAGGAGGUGCGGUCUCGACGUGUCGGCGCGCUUUGAUAAAAAAAGUGCUUGUCGCAACAUCAAACAGUGUCUCAACAUUAGAGAAGGGGCGGCUGCAAUGGACAAUUUUUGUAACUUUCUGGAAGAGACAAUCCGACAAGCACUUCCACUUCAUUUCAAGCAAUGAUUGAGAGAAAGCAUGCACGGUUUUCCUCUCUCUCAAGCUUGGUUGUCUGAAGGUUUGUGCCGUUAUCCCUGUUUGUACAAUCCAUUGCGUCUCGCCCCUCUCUAAGAUGGCAGACCUGUUCUGAACGGAGGAUGGCUGUAGUUUAUUUCAAGCAUACCCCAUCGUUUCAUUCUUCAGUUCCUUUAAUAACCUACCUUCAAUGAGCCACAUCCCUCAGAGGAUCCAGGCUCUGAAUUAGGAUAUAUUUGUUGUCUGUCCUGCUGAGCCAUUAACACGUCUUUCUCCCAACACUUUCCCCUCCGCCUCAGUGUCUCCUCUCUGAUGUGGCUGACUGCCAGACUGCUAGUUAUAACAAGUCAGGAUAUCAAAAGCAUAUGAAGGUAGUGGAAGCAGUUUGAUGGUGCACAACAGAUUCCUGCAGGCCAGAACAAGAAGCUCGAGUCAAGUCCCACGUUUCUUUAUUUGUCUCCCUUGGGAGAAAUUAGUGUUGGACAAAAGGGCAAGUUGCUGCAUGACAAAAAACAUAGACAAAACAUCAAAAAACAUUGUGGGCAGUAAAACCACAGGCAAAAACACCUAAAAACAUAGACACUGUGCAUGAGCAAUAGCUGUUGACGUAAUCGACAGAGCUUGUGGUGGGCGGGACUUCUCUGGCGUCUCCCAGAGCUCCUCAGCUCUGAAGCAUACGGCGCACACAGAGAGUGGCAGAGAGGCAUUAAAAAAGAGAGAGAGAGAGAGUGGGGAUAGUUAAAGCCAUGUCACACAGGCCUGGAUUUGCGUAUGCCAGGAGGUCACCAAGCAUCGAGUCUGUUCACAGACGGCCAGACUUAAUAACGUAGGAGAGUGCGGUGCUUUUCGCGCUGUAGUUUGGCUGUGGUCCCACGCCCUGUCCUCUCCUCCACACCUCCCUAAAUUACCCUCAAGCUUGUCUCGAGAGCACUAACGUUUCCCUCAAGUGUCGUUGUUAUCACCCUAUUUGUCCAUCACUGUCUGUUUCUUUUCACAGAGAAAACCAGGGGGAUUUCAAACACUGUCUCAAAACUUGAGCGCAGACUUUGAAAUGCAAACUACCUGUUGUGGCCAUGAAAUAUGCUCCAAACAUGAAAUUAUUACCCAAUAGCAGCAGAAAUCUGACAUGUCAGGUGCACCUUUUGGUUACGGGAAAUAGUUAUUGAGUAAACCUAUUUCAGGAGAAGGAUAACUGUUUCUUUUCAAAGCUGGAACCAAGGGUCAACUUUUUUUCUUCCUCUCUGGUUUCUUUGCGCACCGUCAGCCUAGUUGCAGACAUCAGACUCAUUUUCCUCUUUCAGGAAAAUCCUUUUGCUCUCUCAGAAUGAAAAACAGACUUCCACAGAUUGCGAUAAUGCUUCACAUUGAAAACAAAUCACUUCAUUUGGUUUCUUAAAAGUUCCUUUUUUAUGUGAAGUGAAUCAGCUGGAGCCCUAUAAGAUUAGAGAUGGUCCGAUACCGUUACCAGUAUCGGUAUCGGCUCCGAUACUGCCUAAAACGCUGGUAUCGGUAUCGGGUAGUACUGGAGUUUAUGCACCGAUCCGAUACCACGUAAUAA